AGCAAUAAGAUCAAAAUGACGUUUGUUGACAGCUGCGCACUGUUAUCGUGCAGAUUUUUUUCGAAUAAAUUCAUCAAAACCAAAUUGUUAAGUGUAUUAUCCCUUCGAUUUCAUAUGGAUAUUAAAGAUGAAAAGAAGUCAGCCAUGGAAAUUGUCAACGUGCCGCCGCUGGUGUCCACUUACCGGCAGGCGAUGGAAACAUUCGACCCUCGCAACUCUGCGAACCUCCCCGUGAACUUGGGGAAGCUAAAGACAAUGAUGGACGGCCUCAGACAGGAGCACUUCGGCUUCGACCAGACCCUCAACGACCCGGCUACUUGGACGAGGAAGCAUAAGGCCCCGUGCACCUACAUCGAAGUGUACCAAGACCCGCAAGUAAACAUGAGCAUUUUCGUCCUCAGACCUGGCUUCAAGAUGCCCCUCCACGACCAUCCACACAUGCACGGACUGCUCAAGGUAAUAUCCGGCGCUGUCCAGAUCAGGAGCUUCUCCGAGUAUCCUCUUACACAAAACAUUGACCCUGCUAAAUUUGAAUUGCUCGCUAAAGAAGAGGCUAAGCGACUGGCAUCAGGAUCUCAUAAAAAAAGAACCCUCUUUGCCGAAAUCAGUAAAAAUUCUGUCUGCGCUGAGAAUUCUCAAACUUGUUUGCUGACACCCACUCUGUCUAACUACCACGAGAUACAGGCUCUUGAUACUCCAGCUGCUUUCUUUGAUAUACUGUCUCCUCCCUAUGAUACCCUGAUAGAAGAGAUUGGGCCUCGUCGAUGCAGCUACUACACAGUGUCGGAGGAAAUAGCCACAAAUGUGGUGCAGCUGACUGAGGAUGAAAUGCCAGAUUGUUUUUACUGUGAUCAAGCACCAUACUUGGGACCCACGCUGCAUUAAAUUCUAAUAUACCCUUAAUUUUUAAUUUGGCUGAAACAGUUGAAUGAAAUGCUCAAUUCUUUACAAUCAUCACAAUAGGAUAUUAUGUUAAUGUGAUUUUAGUGUAAACUUAUCUGUGCAUUAUUGUUGAAGUGUUAUUUGAAUUUUAUUCAUAUUUCAUUGACAAUGAAUGGUUUUUUAAAUGAUUUUAUUACUGUAUGGUUACCAUUAUCAUGAUUCUUUUACAAGGUCAGCUUCCUAUACUUUGUAUUUUAUCACAUUUUUUAAAUAAAAUGCACAAUUUUAUGUUCAAAUUUACAGUUUAAUUAGUAUUAAUACUUAGGGAAUCAAUAUUAUACUAUUAGGUACUAAUACCGUAAUUCUUCCUACUGUCUGUUAUUAGUUAUUAGAAUUAUUCAUUCUAGACUCUAGUCUUAUUCUAUUCUGAAUUCUGUUUCUUGAAGUUGCAUUUCUAAAAUGCUAUUAAGUUUUUAAAGUGAGUUCUCAUAAGUAUUUUGUGUCAUAUUAUUUAUAAGUCAAACAAAGACUAUAACAUGACUAAUUAAACAUAAGAUUUAAUUUGUAUUUUCUAGAAAUAAGUAGGUAACUAGUAUAUUAUGUGUUUGUUCUUGUUUUAUUGGUUAUUUUGUACAUUACAUUCCUUACAGUUAAAUUUUCAAGAAUCCGCUAUUUAUUGACCUGUCUACUAGACAUACUUUUAAACUACAUAAUCAAUGAAGUAUAUACCUUUCUUAGUGAAACGUAGGAUUUUAUUCAAUACAUAAUUCAAUUAAUCAAUAUAUUGGUGUCUGUAGACUUUGUAGAAUCAUAUUGAAAAACUGACUUAAUGGACUUUUAAAAUAUAAAAUAUACAUUUUAAUUCAUUACUUUGUAUUUUAGGUAAAUUACAAUGACUGAGGCAUUUUAUUUAAAUGAAAAAAGUACUGAAAUGUUAGUGAAUUAUGUAAACUGUUGCAUAUGUCAACAUUUUUAUUUAUAUACUUAAUUAGUUUCAAAAUCAAUGUUCAUCAAUACUAUUACUAUUGUAACCUACCAUACAUAUAUUGGGACAUUUAAAUAAAACUUGCUGAUGUAGUUAUUAUUGAUUUUAUUUGAAUUAAAAGAUUUAACAAUAGUCACAGAAUAUAACAUUAGCUCGUGAUAUUAGUAUGUAUUAUAUAAAAAAGAUGUAUAACAUAACAUAAUAAAAAAACUAAGAAGUAAACUACAGAUGACAUAAGAAAUCAGGAAAUAUCUGAAACUGAAACCACUUUUCACAGACAAGCCAUCAGUGAUAAAAUCUCAGCUACUUACAAAGCUUAUCUUAAUCUAUUGAACAUGACUUAGGUAUUGUUACAUCGACACGAUAGAUAAUUUUGUUUUUACAGAUCCUCUAGUACUGGUUUUGCUAUUUACGAAAACGAAAAAAGUUUUCGUUUAUCUGUCAAAAGUUUCAUGAUAGUUUUCGCUAUAGGCGCCCCUUAAUAUGCGAGAAAACGAACCUUUUAUAUUUUUCGACAAACUACCAAACGUACUAGAAGAGGUUCAGUGAAAGAGAAAAAUAAAUAUUUGAUAGCUUAUAAAAAAAAAUGAUAUUACCUUGAGCAUUAUUGCACAUUUAUAAUUUAGGUACAUACAUUUCCAGAGAAUACAUUGCACAUAACGUUUAAUAGCAGGUUUCUUAAAGUUUUAUCAAUACUUCCAUCUAUCUACUUAUACCACGCCCUAUCUUUCGUAUCUUAUCUAUUCUCAGUCUCCCA